AUGAGGAAGCUGGUGCCAGGGACUGGCUGGCCAUCCUGUGGUGUCUUCCUGCAAGCCAUCCUGUGGUGUCUUAGUGACACUAAGGCUUCAGUUGGUCACCCUGUGCUUAGUACAGUGGACCGUGGCAUUUUUAUCAUUCAAAAGAAACAGUUCCAGCUUCAAAGCUUUAUUAAGAAAGUCUGGGUCCCCAUGAAACCCUACUAUACCCAGGUUUACCAGGAAACUUGGGUAGGAGUGGGGUUAAUGACCCUCAGUGUUGAUAAAAUCAGGAGUGCUGAUAAGAGGAGUAACACUCUGAAAGGCUCCAGCCCUGGGCCUGCCCAUGGGCAUCACUAA